UUCAACAGUACCCCUAAGACUAAUUAGCAUACAUUAGUUCACAUGUCAAGGGGUUGGACUAACGAGGUGUACUAUGGCCGAGAUCUUCAUUGCUGAGACAGAUGGAUACAUUGUGGAAAGAUAUAACUUCAUAACUUUGAAAUGCUUCUGAUAAUGUUGCUGACUCUUGUACUUGUGACUCUGAUCACCUUCUGUUGUGAAGCCGCUUUCUUGCUAACUAUGACGCCGAAUAUCAAAUUUGGAAAUGAAUUUCAAAAGAAUGUUUCUCUUGAGUGCAGGUACUGGGGUAACGAUGCCGCGAGCAACAUUCGUAGCGUCAGCCGAAUCGCCAUUUUGAAGGAAGUGACGUCACAGGAGGGUGCCCUCGUUGCUAAUGUAAACAACGAGACAAAAUGGGUUGUCGCCCCUUUCUUGUCUCCUUCUGUCUUCGUCUCCGGGAACGCUAGCACGCUGCAGGACACCUUCUUGCGCCUAACCUGGCCCGUUGUGACUUUCGACUUGUUCGAGAAAUACGUCUGUGAAGUGAACGGGUUCGAUUCUGCCAACAGCGUCGUUACAGAAAGAUCUCCGGAAUUCGUGGCUGCUGAGAGCAAUCUAACGGUGAAUGACAUUCUGGCGCUCAUGGUGAUAGAGAGACAAGAAGAAAGAAGUUACUGUGAUAGAAAGAUCGCAGAGGCUAACGUAAGCUCACUGAGCAGGGUGGUCGAGGAGGUAGAAUCAAAUAAAAGGGAGGUUACUCAGCUUACUCAAAAUAUUUCCGGCUUGUAUCACCAUCCAAUGCUGCAAUUCUGGCCCGAAGGAAGCUACGCCAUCCUCAUGCCGGAAUCGGGAUGUCCACUCGAAGUAGCCGCUAACUGGACGAAAGGUUAUCGAAGGUUUCACACUGAGUCGGAAGGCACAAACCACAAUAACGUCUCGGAACACUCCCACUUAAUGAAGCCGGUGAUGCAGAAGAUAAGUACUGACUACUUUUUCUUCCAGCACUUUUGCGUCAUGAUCGACUCUCCCGGGCACCCCUGGCCCAACGGCUCUUACUGCAUCUCCAGAAGAGGGGGUAGCUGCCCACCUGGGUUUUCAUCCGGCUCCAUCGAAAUAGACGGGGAAGACACGAACGGUGGAUCCCGCACCGACGGCUCGCUGCCCGACGGCGUGUACAAGACCAGCGACACCACGAUGUUUUAUUGCUGCCGCUCUGAUGGAUCACCUGAUGACCGAGUUGAGCUCCCAACCCUUCGGCCGUUUUACCUGUACAGGUACAAUGGCACCUGCCAAGACGUGGUAGGUAUGAGCGUCACUGAAGAGGAGAUUAUCAUGGACUCCGAAGACUUUAGCAACACAGAUAAAUAUAGCAACGCUUUUCACCCCGAUGGACAGGUCAACAACAUUAUUAUCUAUAUUUGUUACUACAGCAAAGUAUAAAGGACUGGGUUGAUCUCAUGCAUGUAAAAACUAUGGGCCCAAAGGCUUGGGAUCUGCAUGUACACGGACAUUGCAUGUUGGUUUUAUUUUUGGGUGAAAAUUUGAAUCCCGACUUUGUAUGUGUCUGUGUUACCGUCAAAAUAAACAAAUAAGCAAAUAAAUAUAUACCUACAUGAAUAGAACUGCUUGAUAGGUAUGAAAUAUUGAGGUGUGAUAUAACUAUUUAAAUAAUUUAUAAUAAUUAUAAUAAUAAUGAGUACUGUUUAUAUAUCCUGGGAAAUUUGAACAAUUCAGACGUGUUACUUUUAAAUUAUUUUUACAAUUUAAUGACUUUAUGCUGAUUGACAUUUUGUAUAACUUACAAAGCCUUCACUUGGCUGAUUUGAUCUUUUCGACUCGUAAAUGCUAUUUUAUUUUAUUAUACACAUUUGUUUGAAGACAAACAACAACUUAGCCUGUGUAUAUUUAUUAAAGACUUAAAACUCUGCAAAGUCAUUGGUUUUCCUGGCAGAUUCAGACAACGCGUUGCAUGCGCUAAUGGCACUUGCACGAAUGUGUCCUAGUAUUGGGAAUAAGAAAUGUCUCUUUAACUUUGUAUGUCUCGUAGUAUUUUACUAUGCCUUAUUUUUGUAAUAGAAAGGUAUGGCUUAAAGCUGUAUGUAUUCAUGCUAUUUGACUUUUUAGUAUCUUCUGCCCUAAAUCUGUCAAACUCUUUCCCUUUUCGAUCUUUCGAACUGUCUCUGGUGCUGGAAUAAAGCUUUUUGGUUUUCUCCUAGUGACUCUAUAAUGAAAAUAGAAACCUUUUCAUUUAUUGAUAAAGUUAAUUCUCGGUUUCCCGCGCAAUUGGCUUGGCUAAUGAAAUUAGGUCUGUGGCCAGACAUUGGUCAAGUGUGUGGUCAAUCUGUGUGCGGAAUAAUUCAUGGAGCAGGGUGGUCAGUUGUCUGAGAGAAAGUUUCACUUGGACGUUUUCAUUGUGAAUGUUGAGAGAUUCUAACAGAAGGGAAACUCUCUUUCCGAAAUGCCCAGAGUAUAAUCAAAUACAUUAUCACCUAUACAAUUAUUACAUUCAGAUAUAUACAUACAAAAGUAUUACAGAAUCGCGUUACAGCGCCCGCGGGGCCCAAACCAUAAGAAUUUAAUUGUUGAAAAUUCUUACAUAAUGUAAUUGUAACAUAAACCAACCGUAUACCUUGUGCUAUUAAAUUAUAUUACAUUUUUUUAUAUUUACACAGCACUCUUAAGAUUCUAGAAUGAAUGUUAUUAAAGUUAAGAAACUCUUA